CUUUCACUACCUUGUUUUCUGCACGACAAACACAGUUUGGGGCCGCAUAGUUAAACCGAAGAAGUUUCCCUUCAUGAAACCAGGAAGUUGGACAACCGGCGAAGGAAAGAUCGUCAGAGAAACUGAGAUUAAUCCCGAUUUCCAUUGUCGUCUUUAGCAAAAGAUGAGAAUCACAGCGGUGUUUCUUGCUGCCAUCGUUCUUAUUGCAACAGUGGAGUUAUCCGAAACAAGAGGACGUAGUGGUAGAGGCAGAUCAGGGGGUUUUAAAAGCUCCAGAUCUCGUAAAACAAGCCAUAGUUCAAGCUGGUCCAGCUCAAAACCUAAAAUCACCAAAUACACACCAAUCAAAGCUACUUCAGUCCGUUCUCCAGUAAUCGUCUCACAGACUAAAUUGGGUUCACGUUCAAGCACGUUCAAGAAAGUCGUCUUUGCCUAUGCAGUGCACCGCUAUACGUUCAACAACGCCCCGGUCUAUCGGCAGGGAUAUCCAUUGUACAGGAGUUAUGUCUUCAUCCCAGAGGAAAAAGCUGUGAGAGUUACCUAUGAGAGAGAGAGGUUGUUAGAUGAUGAAGGAAAGUUAUGUUUGGAUUCAUUAGCAAGGAAUCAAUCGAUGAAGGAAGGAGUCGCCGACAACUUGGUUGACUUGAAAACUACAGUGAAGUACAAAAAUUGUGAAACAAAAACACUACAUGGAAUCAACAACACAGUGUCCCUGGAAGACAUCAAGGAUCAAGACUUCGAAGUUGUAAGUCUUGCUCGUUACAACAUCUCGAUUGUCACCGGAACAACCUGUAAACAGGUGGAAAAGAUUGUGGAAGGCACAAUGGUAACACUCUAUGAGACAAAUCCCAACGGCUCGAGUCAACUGAACAUUAGCAAAAAUAUUCUAUCAUUUGUAAUUACUUUGUUUCUGUUUAUCAAAACAUUUCGUUACUCGUAGUUAAGUCCGUGUGACAUCUUAAAGCGCUUUCUAACUAGUUAGUCUGGUUAAUAUCAUACACGAUUAACCAAAUGAACAAAUGUUGUCCACCAUUUUCGCACAGCCAAAGGUGUAGUAGGAUACGAUGUACACGUAAUUAUUUAAAUCAUUCACUCGAGUUUUUUUGUCAACAUUUUAUGUCACCAGAGACAUUAAAUUCUUAGUCGAUGAUGGGAUUUUUACUUUGUAGUACCAUUUAUGUAGGACUUUCAAAUUUGCCCAAUAAAGACUAGGAAAAGACGAUUUGCUUUCGUGAGACAAAUCACAUGUGGAAUUGAUACUGUAGUUUAAAGUUAUA